AUGUGUGUUUUCGAUUGGUUAAAUAUCUAUCUCUUAACAAUUGAAUUUAAAUCUCCACCUAUAAUUAGUUCAACACUAAGAACACUUGCUACUACUGCAACUGGUAUAACAUAUGAUUUUUUUGAAGAGCUUUCACAGUUUGAUUUGAAGUCUGGUGAUACUAGAACUGAAAAGUCUGGAUCAAUUUGA